GGGCCAGUCGGCGGCGAAGUUGCUCGCUGCGGGCAGAGACGGCCACGCGGUUGCAGGAAUUGGCCAACGGCUCGUUUCCACCCUGCCUCGUUGGUGGCCACUGGAGAAGCGCGGGGGGCUCCCCAGACAGCCGUGGGGAGAAGUUAGAGCCAGCACUUUGCCCCGGGCCUCGCGUGUAGCUUCCCGUCCCCUGCUCUAGGUGCCCUGGUGUCCGGAGGGGGGUGCGGGUGCGGGGGUGUGCCCUCCGUACAUGUCCCACCACCUGGGCCACCCUCUGGGCUUGUGUUCCAUCUCGCUCUUGCUUCCUACACGGUGGUCGAGGGGAACCACUUUGCAUCAUGUCCCGGUAUAGCUACCAAAGUCUCCUGGACUGGCUCUAUGGGGGCGUGGACCCCAGCUUUGCAGGCAAUGGGGGCCCCGACUGUGCUGCCUUCCUCUCUUGGCAGCAGCGGCUGCUGGAAAGUGUGGUGGUCCUGACCCUGGCCCUGUUGGAGAUCCUGGUGGCCCUGCGGCACAUCCUGAGGCAGACGAAGGAGGACGGUAGGGGUGGCCGUGGCUGCCAGCCAGAGCAGGUGACCCAGCGGCCAGAGGAAGGCAAAGAGAGCCUGAGCAAGAAUCUGCUCUUAGUAGCCCUGUGCCUGACCUUCGGGGUGGAGGUGGGCUUUAAGUUCGCCACCAAGACCGUCAUCUACCUGCUCAACCCCUGUCACCUGGUCACCAUGAUGCAUAUCUUUCUCCUGGCCUGCCCUCCGUGUCCGGGAGCUGUCGUCGUCUUCAAGCUACAGAUGCACAUGUUGAAUGGAGCUCUUCUUGCCCUGCUGUUUCCUGUGGUAAAUACGCGGCUGCUCCCCUUUGAAUUGGAGAUUUACUACAUUCAGCAUGUUAUGCUCUACGUGGUACCCAUCUACCUGCUCUGGAAAGGAGGUGCUUAUACCCCGGAGCCCCUCAGCAGUUUCCGCUGGGCCCUUCUCUCGACUGGCCUCAUGUUCUUUUAUCACUUCAGCGUCUUGCAGAUCCUGGGCCUGGUCACCGAAGUGAAUUUGAACAACAUGCUGUGUCCGGCCAUCUCAGACCCAUUCUACGGCCCCUGGUAUCGCAUCUGGGCCUCGGGACACCAGACUCUCAUGACCAUGACCCACGGGAAGCUGGUCAUCCUGUUCUCAUACAUGGCUGGGCCCUUGUGUAAAUAUCUGCUGGAUUUGCUCCGGCUUCCAGCCAAGAAAAUAGACUGAAGGUGCUUGUGUUUUUUUGUUUUGUUUUGUUUUGGGGUUUUUUUUUUCUUCUGCCCCUGAGGAAACAAGUCCUGACUCCACUUGGAGGACACCCAGCUCUUGAUGACAUCAUGGGAGAGGGCAGGAGGACGUUUGGUGUGUUUCUUUUUCCUUCCUCUCUGUCCCUUUCUUCCACCACUCUUCCUUCCCUGGCUCUUCCCCCAGGAUGGCUCCUGGAGCGUGGGCUGUAGUCCUGGAGCCUGGGCUGUAGUGCUGGAGCCUGGGCUGUAGUCCUGGAGCAUGGGCUGUAGUCCUGGAGCCUGGGCGGUAGUGCUGGAGCCUGGGCGGUAGUCCUGGAGCCUGGGCGGUAGUGCUGGAGCCUGGGCGGUAGUGCUGGAGCCUGGGCGGUAGUCCUGGAGCCUGGGCGGUAGUGCUGGAGCCUGGGCGGUAGUCCUGGAGCCUGGGCUGUAGUCCUGGAGCCUGGGCGGUAGUGUUGGAGCCUGGGCUAUAGUCCUGGAGCAUGGGCUGUAGUCCUGGAGCAUGGGCUGUAGU